AGGAGCCCGAGAGGAGCCCCUGCGGGUGUUUGUGUUCGCUCAGUCCGGGAUCAGUACCGACACACACCGAGGACGGUUCUCCCGGUGACCGAGCUGUCGGCGGCGGGUUGAGGACGGCAGCUCCUCCCGGUGACUCUGCGGCUGCUGGCGGAGGGUCGGAGCAGCUCUCUGUGUGCUGAUUAUAUAGAAAUAUAUAUAUUAUUAUAUAUAUAGUGUCCGGAGGACGGUUUCAUACAGAACAGCAGCAGACUGCAGGCGGAGAUCAACUCAAUCAAUCAAUCAAAAGCUAAUCGAUGGAAAUGUUCGGUGUCAGCUGCUGUUGACAUUAACCGUGUGUAUCUCCCAGAGGACCGGCCUGUUGGGCGCGCUUCACCCCGAUGAGGAGAGCUGAAAGUCGGCUGAUAUUAGACGGUUGUUCGGCGGUGACACCUCCAGCUCUCUGACGGGGCCUGAGCUCCCAUUCACGGUCAAUCUGCAGCUCUCACACCGCGGUUAACCGGUGGUUAUUACCGUUAAACCCGGACUCAUUAACAGUGGUUAUAACCGUUCAAACCGGGACGGGACUCGGUGUUGGACCGGGACAUGCUGCAGGGACUCUAAGGGUUUAAAGAGACCCUGAUCCGGGUCUUCUUCUGUCUGGAUUAUAACUGAAAUUCAGGACUUUGGAUCCACAAUGGGAUCAGCGACCAAACUGGCCUUCAGUGUUUUCCUCAUCUCGUGCUCCUCAGGUGCGAUCCUGGGCCGCUCAGACACGGAGAAGUGUGUCCUCUACAACUACAACCCUCUGUCGGCGUCGGAGGGUCGGGGGAACGUCAGCGGGGUGAUCACCUGUUCUGGAGAGAAAGACAAGAGAGUCCACUGCUUUGCCACCUGGAAGAACGUAUCCGGAGUGGUCCAGGUGGUCAAACAGGGCUGCUGGUUGGACGACGCCAACUGUUACGACAGGUUUUGUCCACGUUGUCUCCUCCAGGACCCCGGGCCCCUGCCCCCCUCCCCCAUCCUGGGCCAGAAGCCACUGCAGUUACUGGAGAUCAAAGCCAGGGGGCGCUUCGGCUGCGUGUGGAAAGCUCAGCUGCUCGGAGAAUACGUUGCUGUCAAAAUCUUCCCCAUCCAGGACAAGCAGUCAUGGCAGAACGAGUACGAGAUCUUCAACCUGAGCGGGAUGAGACACGAGAACCUGCUGCAGUUCCUCGGAGCCGAGAAGAGAGGAAGCAACCUGGACGUGGAGCUGUGGCUUAUCACCUCCUACCACGAGAAGGGCUCUCUGACCGACUACCUGAAGGCCAACGUCCUCUCCUGGUCUGAACUGUGUCUCAUCGCUCAGUCUAUGUCUCGAGGUCUUGCCUACCUGCACGAAGACAUACCUGGACACAAGGACGGACACAAACCGGCCAUCGCACACAGGGACUUAAAGAGUAAGAACGUCCUGCUGAAGUCCAACCUCACCGCCUGCAUCGCUGACUUCGGCCUCGCUCUCAGGUUUGAGGCGGGAAAAUCUCCUGGAGACACACACGGACAGGUGGGGACCAGGAGGUACAUGGCCCCCGAGGUCCUGGAGGGGGCCAUUAACUUCCAGAGAGACGCCUUCCUGAGGAUAGACAUGUACGCUCUGGGUCUGGUUCUGUGGGAGCUCGCCGCGCGCUGCAAAGCAGCAGAUGGUCCAGUGGACGAGUACAUGCUGCCGUUUGAAGAGGAGGUGGGUCAACAUCCGUCUCUGGAGGACAUGCAGGAGGUGGUGGUCCACAAGAAACUGAGGCCGACGCUCAGAGAGUGCUGGCAGAAACACGCUGGUCUGGCGGUCCUCUGCGAGACCAUCGAGGAGUGCUGGGAUCACGAGGCUGAAGCGCGGCUGUCGGCCGGCUGCGUGGAGGAGCGCGUCGUGCAGAUGCAGCGGCAGACGAACGUCUCGGCGCCCGAGGACAUUGUCACGGUUGUCACCAUGGUAACCAACGUGGACUACCCGCCUAAAGAGUCGAGCCUAUGACCGGGACCAAUCAGGACAGAGCAGGGACUCUCUCAGUGUGCGAUGAUUCAGGCGACCUGCGGCGGGGUCAGGUGAUCUGGCGAGGACAACAUGGCGGGGUGAGCUCCAGUGAUCUCCACCCUGUGACAUCAGUUCCUGUUUUAUAUUCCAAAAUAAAAGACUUUUUGUACGAUAAUGAGGACAAACAGUCUGUUUCAGUAGUUUUUGAUGCCAAUAAGAAACAGCUUCUGAAUGUGAGUCACUGCUGUACAUACUGGUCAUUGUUAUAUCUAUACUGAUUAUUGUUGAAUAUAUUCACUGAUAUAUUGACACUGAGAGGCAGACAGAACACACAACAAACAUCUGAGGAGAAACUGAGACAAACAUUCAGAUCAAAGAAAUAAAGUGAAAUAUAGAUAGAUAUAUAAAUAUUAGAUCUUUAUUCUGUUGGAAGUUGUAUUCUUCCUUUUCUUAAUGAUGGACAGUGAAACACUGACAGAUAAACACAGGAGAGAGUCUGAGGCGGUUUCAUUCACCGUAUGUUCAAAAUAUCGGUUCGUAUGUCGCUAUAUCACUGUUCAUCAACCAACCAAUCACAGCCCAGACAGGGCGGGACAUUAAAAGAGGUAACAAUAAAUACUAAUAGCUCUGCGUUAUUUUUUAGCAUUAAUGAUGAUUAUUAGUUAGCAUUUAGCAUUAAGGGCUAAUGUGGAGCCUCUUCUGGAACUUGUUUUACAAAUCUGAUAACAAGUUUGUUUGUUUGUGACGUCAACAACAACAUAACACUAUGAUUCAUAAACAGGAAGUGCUGAGGCAUUUAAAGUUAAUUUUUCAUUGAUUUAUUGAUAAAAUGAGGAUAUUAAUCAGUAAUGUAAAUCUGUUGGUUCACUUUAUUUCUUUGAAUGACAAUCAACUCGUUUUUAUAAACUCGUUAACGCACAGCGCCCUUAAUCACUUCAUUCAUAAAAACGUCCAGUUUCUCCUUGUUACUGAUCAGCUGAUCAAUAACACUAAUAGGUUAUCAGAUCAAGCAGGAAAUCAAAGUGUUGUCUCCAGGUUGAAUGUGAACAUUAGAACCCUGCAGCAUGUUGUUUAUUGUUGUGUAUUUGUUGUUUCUUUUAAUGUCAUUAACUCUCCGUUGGUUCCUCUGAUUGUACGGAGCCUCAAAACUGACAAAAUAUCACUUCAGAUUCUUUCAUUUAUUUAUUGACAACACGGAUGUGAAAUCAGUGAAUGAAUAAAAUAAUCUCUUUUUUUUUUUUAAAGUUUGUAAAGAAACAAGUUGUUUUGGGAUGAAAUAUAAAAUAAAUAGUUUGAUGUGUAUUAUUAAAUAAUUUGAGAUAAAAUUAAUAAUCUGAAUCAUUUAUGGAUAAAAUAUUUCUGUCGGCUUCGGGGCUCCGUAUGUUUGACGGAUUUAAAAAACGUCUCAGGGAAGAUUUUAUAUUUCGAUUUUAGGCCAAAAACUUGUUUUUUGUUUUAUUUUCUGCUCAAACAAACGUCACUCAUUACCCAGCAGCCCUUUCUCUCUGCUGUUAAAGAUUCAGAUGUUCUGAUGUCAUGUGACCUCUGACCCUUUAAAGUAGCCUCCAUCAGGCUGACGGGAGGUUUGUUGUCUCAUACAAACCGUAAACCAGACGUCAGAAUCUACAAUCAGCAUCCAGACUGACCACCAGAGACCAGGUCAGACUGGCUCCAGGUCAGACUGGCUCCAGGUCUGCUUCCCCUCUCAGUGUUGUAGUUCAGCUCUUUAUUAUGAAUGGUAUGAAUAAUAAUGUGGUUAUUAAUAAUGAGUUAAUAAUGAUGUUAUUGAUAUUUGAAUGAUGGUGUACAGGUUGUAAAUAUGAAUGUUUCAUUCAUUUCAGCAUGAGUUUGUUUUUUAUGGACAGAACUGGUUUAUAAUGUUAAUAUGAUAAACAGAUUGUUGUUGUUUAUUUUAUAUGAUGAUGUACAAAUGAAAAACAAUCUGGGUUCAUUGUUUUAUGUUGAAAAGUCAGUACACUUCCUGUGGAGGUGUGUGUGCGUAUGCGUGCGUGUGUGUGUGUGCGUAUGCGUGUGUGUGUGUGAUACCUCAGACGUUCCUGCUGGUGCUCACCUCUCUCAUCAUGACAUCAUCAUGGUGCCAUCACCUCCUCUGGCGUCGAUCAGGGCGACGACACAAAUCUGACCUUCAGCUUCCUGUUUUUAUUGUCUUUGUUGAAAACUGACAGAAAGUCAAACAAUGAGGUUUUAUUUUGUUAUUUCUGAGGAAAAUAUUGUAACCAUGAGAAAAGUAAUCCGAGACGUUUUCGAGUUUGAAUGGAGAUAAUUUAGUUCCUGUUUGUUCUGGGAAUAAAAAAUUCAGACAUGAA